AUGUUAGAUCAAAUGUUAGAUCAUUGUCAAGAUUAUCAUAAAAAGCGAUGUAGAAAUGCGGAUGCUCCAAGAAUUGCUUAUAAGCGUCUAGGAACACCAAUAUUCGCCGGAAAACGACAAUCGUCAAACUUU